AUGUAUGUCGUAGGGAAUCUCUACGCCAUCACGGCGGUGUCCGUCAUUGGCGGUGCACUGUUCGGUUUCGAUAUCUCGUCCAUGUCCGCUAUCAUCACCACGCCGGCCUAUAGAUGUUAUUUCAACCAUGGACCUAGGGGACCUCCAUUCAACGACGACGACGUAUGUAGUGGUCUCGACUCCCUGGCUCAGGGUGGUGUGACUGCUGCCAUGCCUGGUGGUUCUUGGCUCGGUGCUCUGAUCUCUGGUUUCAUUUCGGAUCGUCUUGGUCGCAAGUAUGCCAUUAUGGUUGGCUGUGUCAUUUGGGUCAUCGGCUCCGUUAUUGUGUGCGCUUCCCAAAAUAUGGGUAUGCUCAUUGCCGGGCGUGUCAUCAACGGUCUCAGUGUCGGAAUUGAGUCUGCUCAGGUCCCCGUUUAUAUUUCGGAGAUUGCGCCUCCCUCCAAGCGUGGUCGUCUCGUCGGCUCCCAGCAGUGGGCCAUCACCUGGGGCAUCUUGAUCAUGUACUACAUCUCCUUCGGCUGCUCAUACAUCGGACAUGGUAACGAUUCCACCUCCCACAACUACAGCGAGGCUGUCUUCCGGAUCCCCUGGGGUGUGCAGGCUGUUCCCGCCAUUUUACUCUUCCUUGGGAUGAUGAUUCUCCCCGAGUCCCCUCGUUGGUUGGCCCGCAAUGACCGCUGGGAAGAGUGCCAGUCGGUGCUGGCCCUCGUUCAUGGCAAGGGCGAUAUCAACAGCCCCUUCGUGGUAGCCGAAAUGCAAGAGAUUCGCGACAUUUGCGAGUUUGAACGCGAGAACAAGGACGUCACCUACCUCGAGCUAUUCAAGCCUCGGAUGAUUCAUCGUACCCUGACCGGAGUCUGGACCCAAAUCUGGUCCCAGCUGACCGGUAUGAACGUUAUGAUGUACUACAUCAACUACGUCUUCACGAUGGCUGGAUAUAAGGGUGAUGCUACUCUCCUCGCUUCCUCCAUCCAGUACAUCAUCAACGUGGUCAUGACCGUGCCUGCCCUGGUCUGGGUUGAUAGAUGGGGCCGUCGUCCUACUCUCCUGAUUGGUGCCGUCCUCAUGAUGACCUGGAUGUUUGCCAACGCCGGUAUCAUGGCCAAGUAUGGUGUGGUUGUGCCUGGUGGUAUCGAUGGUGUGGCCGAGGCUUCCAUGCUUCUGGGUGGUGCCCCUGCCAAGGGACUGAUUGCCUGCACAUACCUGUUCGUGGCAUCAUACGCCCCGACUUGGGGACCCGUGUCGUGGGUGUACCCUCCUGAAUUGUACCCUCUGCGCGUGCGUGGUAAGGCCGUUGCUUUGGCAACCUCGUUCAACUGGGCGUUCAACACCGCGCUUGGUCUGUUCGUCCCCACUGCCUUUGCCACAAUCCGCUGGCAAACAUAUAUCAUCUUCGGUGUCUUCUUGGUUGUCAUGACCAUUCACGUCUUCUUCUUCUUCCCUGAGACUGCCGGUAAGACUUUGGAGGAAACCGAACAGAUCUUUGAGGAUCCCAACGGUAUCCCUUACAUCGGUACCCCGGCCUGGAAGACUACCCACGAUACCAGGCGCACUGUCGCAGCCGAGUCUGGCGACGUUGAGGUCCUUGGUGAGAAGCUGGCCGGUGCUGAGAAGCGCGCUGCUGCCCACACUGAGGUUGUCGACACCAAGUGUUAA